GUCCAAAACUUGAGCUAGCGAUGUCCUAUGCGCAUAAGAAGUACGAUUGCUCCUUUGACGACGGGUGUGCGCUCGCGUAGGGUGCCUCAGCAAUCCGGCAUAAUGCACGCGCGCGAGUUGCCUUCACUUGGCCACGGGAAGGCGUGAGUAGCAUGAGCGAUGGGACCUUUGCGGACAAUCAGACUACACAGCAGUGGCGAUUUCCCGAGUUCCUCGUCCAGCUCGGCUCGCUAACGGCCGCUGGAGCUAUGGACUACUUUGCCCUAUCGCCAUUCUGGGACAAUCGCUCGAACAACCAGACACUGCGUAUGCAGACGAUGUACUCUGGCGUACCCCUCGUGAACGAAGCAGAGCAGCUCAAGCAAUUCAUCGGCAUCGAAUUUGCGAUCGUACACGCACAGCCGCCGGGGCUAUUCGUGAUCCAUAAGCGCAAGCGUACAAGCCAACAUGAAGCGCGCGCAGCUCAGCCCAUUGCAGCGUAUUAUGUGCUUCACGGCAACGUCUACCAAGCACCAGAUCUCUAUGCUGUUCUUUCUAGCCGACUACUGGGCGCUGGGGCGAGGUUGAAGGAUUCGUAUGAUCGCGUGCACAGCAACCAACCAGCGUAUGAUCCAUGGGUGCAGUCGACUUAUCCCUGGCGAAUCGUCAAAGCCGAGCGAGGAGCGGAGCGGACUGCCGAGACAUCUCCCAGCGGGCCUGCCAGAGACGCGCAGAUCGAAGCAGAGUCUGUGUGACGUUAUGCUAUGGCUUGGCAUGCUGCUUUUCGAGCGUGUC